CUCAUCAGGUCCCUGAACACAUCACCCGUACCUGAGCAGAAAGACAAACGCAGCACAUUAAUGACUGUAAUUCAACUCUUUUCUGGAUUCUUGGAUGGGUUUUCAUGCAGUGGAUAUCUGUUGAAUGGAGUUUGGAAUUCUGGAGCCACUUUUUUCAGGCUAAACCCAGCGUUACGCUACUUUAUUUUGCACGGAUUUACCGUUAAAUCGCUUUUAUAUUAAGUGAAUGUGUAGUUUGGAAGGACCAGAUAGCCUCAGUAUCUAUUUUUUUUAAACACCUGAAAACAUGGAAUAUUUGAACGUUUUGAAUUGGAAUUGGGAGUCUUCGAAGUGCAUGGCCAUGUAACCCAAAGGAAAUGGCCUGAUGCUGCAGACGCCACAGCAGACAUGUCCUGCCAGUAAUCCCAUAUUUUCCACCCUGGCUCAUCUGGAAAUCUGUGAGUAGAGUUAGUCCAGUUUCUCUGCAGCCCCCCCCCCUCCCUUUCAUAGAUGGAUUUGGGGCUGUCAGCCCACACUGGCUCCUGUGCCGGCUCUCACUCUCUGAAGCAUCGCAGUGUGAGCUGGUGAGGGACCCCCAGUAGGCCCAGGAUGCCAGGAUGCCCAUCACUCAGGACAACGCCCUCAGCAUCCUCCCACUGCUGGAGAACUGGCAGGGGGCUCAAAACACACGACCACAGCAGGACUGCAACCUGAACCAAGACAAUUCUAGCUACAAGGGGGACCAGGAUUGCCAGAAGGGGGAGGGGGACAGUGUGUGCAGUAGCAGCAGUGUUAACAGUGUUAACGUGGAGGACAUGCCCCUGUGCCUGGCUGCUAUCCAGAAGCUGGUUGAGUACAUUAAGUUCAACUUCAUGGACGGUGACACAGCCCCAACCCCCAGCCCCUCCUCCUGCAGGGAGGGGUUGGACAUCGAGGUCCGGGCUGUGACCUUCAGUAAAGAGGAGUUUGACAGUGCUGAGUUUGGCCUCAGCUUUGGAAACAUCCCUAUUUUUGGGGACCCUGAUGGAAGAAAGAAAGGAGGCCCGAGGAGGAGGAGGGACCAGGGCCCCAUCAUGGAUGUGGGCUGCAUCUGGGUGACAGAGGUGAGGAAGAAGAGCCCAGCCGCCCGUUGUGGGGGGAUAAAGCUGAGAGACGAACUGUUGUCAUUGAACGGACAGCUGAUGGUGGGAGUCGAUGUCAGCGGAGCCAGUUACUUGGCUGAGCAGUGCUGGAAUGGAGGCUGUAUCUACCUGAUCAUGCUGAGGCGAGUCAAGCGAAAGGCUCCCCCUCCUCCCUGUAAUGGCAGCAUCAGUACUAUGAGCAGUGACAGCUGUGAGGACCAGCAGCAGGCCGGGGCGGCCCCGGUACCCUCUGACGGCCCCACAAACUGCAAACGCACACGCAAGUUUGGUGUCAUAUCCAGAUCGUCCUUCAACAGAGAUAACCGGGACAGCAGAGACUCAGACAUCCAGAGCUGUUACAAUGACUGCAACGGCUCCUCCAGCCCCACGGACGCAGGAGUCAGUCCCCCAGGAGAGGACACAGGUUGCAUCCUGUCCCCCCACACACCCACAGAGGAAAGCCCCAACAUCAGAAGUGUUCCUCAGCGUCUCCUCAGAGGCACGGCCACGCUGCCGGCCAGGUGUCACAGUCAGCUGUUAGAAUACAAGAUGGACAACUUCGGCAGUGAGCCUUCAAGCCAGCCCAGAGAGGGCAGCCACAUCUGGAAGAUGCAUAUGGUGAAGGGGGACGAGGGCCUCGGGAUACAGAUCACAGGGGGGCGGGGCUCCAAGCGCUCUCCUCAUGGCAUCAUCAUAGCCCACGUGGAGAAGGCGGGCGCCAUUCACAGGGACGGGCGUCUCCAUGCUGGUGAUGAGCUGCUGAUGAUUAACGGUCAGUCUCUGGUGGGGCUCACUCAUCAGGAGGCUGUCGGCAUCCUCCGCUCCACUACUGGACUGGUGCAGCUGGUGGUAGCUAGCAGGGAGGAGGCAGAUGUGGGUUUUGAGCGCUUCCCCUCCACCAGUCUGCCGGACCUGGUCAGCACGUGCGGUUUCCUGUCCUCCCUCACCCAGACUGCUCCCCCUCUCUCCCCCCAGACCUCCAACUGCAGCACCGACUCCUACCUGACUAACAUGGAGAAGGUAGAAGGACAAAGUGAGGGAGAGGCUCCAAGAGGGUCCUGCUGGAGCCCCACAACAACCAAGCUCAGCAGUCGAGCCCAGGGGGGGGGCAGUCGCCUGGAGUCAGUGGGGGAGGAUGACGAGCUAUUAGUGGAGAACGGUGUGAGCAGCACUGAAGUGGUGGAGAAGCCUCCACCUGGACGACGCAAACACUCCUUACCUCAACAACUAGAUAGUGCCGGAGUGAGACAGGAAUAUCAGAUAAUUAAGAAAUCAGCCCGCUCCCUGAGCACCAUUCAAGUGGAGUCUCCAUGGCGACUGGCCCAGCCGUCCAUUAUCUCCAGCAUCGUGCUGAUGAAAGGCCAGGGCAAGGGCCUGGGAUUCAGUAUAGUCGGAGGGCAGGACUCAGCACGAGGUCAGAUGGGAAUAUUUGUCAAAACCAUUUUUCCUCAUGGAGCUGCAGCAGCUGACGGGCGACUGAAAGAGGGAGACGAGGUUCUGGAGGUGAAUGGGGAGUCUCUCCAAGGACUCACUCACCAGCAGGCCAUCCAGACCUUCAAGCAACUGAAGAAAGGCGUAGUGACCCUGACCAUUCGGACUCGCCUGCGCAGUCCCAGCCUGACACCCUGCCCGACCCCCACCCUGCUCAGCCGCUCCAGCUCACCCAACUCCAACACCAGCGGGGGGGCCACUCCGGUCCCCCCAGGGUCUGAAGAGGCUGAGGGCCACAGGGGCCCUGGACCGGGACCAAAAGACUGUAUCAUCAUGGAGGUCACUCUAAAUAAAGAGCCGGCUGUUGGUCUCGGGAUUGGAGUUUGCUGUUUGACCCUGGAGAACUCUUCUCCUGGCAUCUACAUCCAUAAUCUGGCUCUGGGUUCUGUGGCCAAGAUGGACAGCAGGCUCAGUCGUGGAGAUCAGAUCCUGGAGGUGGACUCGGUCAGUCUGCGUCACGCUGCUCUCAGCGAGGCCUAUGCCAUCCUCAGUGAGUGUGGCCCUGGACCUGUCAGUCUCAUCAUCAGCCGGCACCCUAACCCCAAGGUAUCAGAACUGGAGAUGGAUCAGAUAAUAGCCCGAUCCACAAACAAGGACAAAAUGAAGAAGAGACUCUCAUCUCACUCCCAAGGUCAGUCCUGUAAGAGCCCCAGCCCAACGCUAAAGGAGCGGCAGGGAGACGGCUCCCCGGCCCUCAGCUGGACCAUGAAGAGGUUCCUGGAGCCUGCCAGCAGACAGGGCUCUCUCAGCUCAGAGACAGAGUUAUCUCAGUACUUCCCCCCGGAUGCCUCCAGCCACUCCAUCCUGUCUGAGUCCGUGCUGACGGCCUCAAACAGUGAGGAGGCGCUCCACCAGCAGAGCUGCAGCAUCUCCCUGGAGGACAACUCUUCACGCCCACACGAAGUUGAGAGUGUUUACCACGACCCUCCAGAGAAGCCCCCUGCUCUUCUGAACCACCAUGUGGAGGCAGUGUGUCAGCCCAUCGCUGUCUCCAGCCCCACCUCAGUGCGAAGCCCACUCCUCCGUCAGCGGCGGGUCAUGUGCUUUGAGGAGGUGCUCAGCGAUGAUGAGGACACCAACACCACAAGAAGCACCGGGCCCCUCCACAAGCCGACAAAAUCUGUCCCCUUCACUGAAGCCGAGGCAUCUGACAUUUCCCAAUGUGAUUCAGCAGUUUUAAUUGCUGCUUCACCGUUGGAUAUAAAUGGCAAUGGUGCAAAUGAUGGGGAUGUGCAGAGGUGUGGAAGCCAUGAGGUGACAACACGGUGUGAGGAAGCCAUCACCAGUAAGUCUCCUGGUCCCAAGUCACCCCUCAUGCAUAUGCGCAAGGCAGGGGGGGCAAGCUGUACAGUCAGUAAUUUGACCAUCAACAGUGAGGGCUGUACAAACCCAGACGAUGUACAGUUAGAGUCAAAGCGCUCCCCCAAGCUUGAGCAUAAAGCCAUCACACGAGUCAAGAGCAUGAUGAGCAUUGAAGCACCAGCUCUGCCCCAGCAGCAGAAGUCUAAAGCUGAUGAGUCCCCCCAAGGCAUAGGAGCCUCCCAGUCCCCUUCCUCUGUGUCUGUAAGAAACCCCAAGACUGCUUCUGGAUGUGUUCCCCUUCAGCACUGUAAGAAGGGGGAUGUGAGCGAGCUUGUGGGGGUUUGUACCAUCGACACGGUCUGCCUGAGGAGGAGUGAGGAAGAGUCCUUUGGUCUGGACCUGGAGAUCAUGUCGUCCCCUCUGAAGGUUCUUAUUGCUGGGCUGAAGCCAGGAGGGGCAGCGGAGAGGGAAUCUACAGGCAAGCUGAAUCCUGGAGAUGAGAUUGUCACAUUUGGAGAUAAACUGGUAGGCUCCUCCACUUACGAGGAACUCUGUGAGCUCAUGCACAACCUGCCAGUUACUCUGUCCUUGGAAAUUAAGAGACCUGUUUCAGCUGUAGAUCGCCUUUCCAGUUUGAUGAUGUCAUCAGGGAGCAGUGAUGCAGGCGCGACUCUGUACCCAGCCAGAUGUGUUCAGGGAACAUCUGGUGAAGGACAAGUAUUAAGUCAACAUUCAGGGAAUUCCAACCAAACAGCCCAAACUGACCCUGAUGUUCAAAUACCCAUCACCAAUAUAGAUGACAUUUUAUCAGAAGUGAGCCCCCGCAGUGAUACACACACCGGAUCCCCCUUCAUAACAUUUUCUAAUGAGCCUGUAUCCUGCUGCUCAGGCCAACAGACAGUAACCCUGUCUGAGGAGGUGAGCAUUCAGCUCCCAACACAGUCUGGUCCCCAGGACUGUUGCAACUUGGAAGCAGGAAGUGGACAAGGUGCCAUGCCUCCUGUGGAGACAACACAUGAGAACCACCUCUCUCAGCUGGAACCUGAGACUGGCUCUAAGUGUAUGUACCCUACAGGAGAAGACAGUGAUUCGUCCACCACUGACGACAGUGUAUUGGUCAGUGCGAUGGCCAACAGUAGUGUGAGUCUUCUGGAGCCCUCCUCAGAUGAGGAGGAAGUGGAGUUGUUUUCAUUCAAUGCACAGCAACCUGCUGCUGAGGGACUCUGUGAUGUAAGCCUGUCACCAAAGGGGUCUUCAACUUUUCAGCAUGCCAGCUGUCCGCAUACAAACCUGGAUCAGACCGUUGAUGUGCCACAGGGCUCUGCUGAUGUCCCUCUGACAAACAAAGACAACUCAAGCCAGUCCUCUCAGCUAUUAGGGGCCUCCUCUACACAGCCGCCAUGCCAAUCAUUCAACAGUACUCCUACAGAGUGCCAUAUCAAAAGUGCCACUGAACCCUGUGACAAAGUUCAAGCAUGUGUGGCAUCCAGCCCUGGGACUCUCAGCACUUACAGCACCCCCCCUCCAGCAGAUAACCACAGUGUCACUCAGGGAACCGUCGAACCCUUGCAUCCAGAUGCCUUGAUGACCUCAGUUUUAUUAAAACAUUUAAAUACUCAAACACCACGUUUACCUUCAGUGGAAUUGGAGACCUCAGGUUCGAGCAGAUCAGAUAGAAUUGUGCCAGCAUCAUCGGCAAACAAAGAAAAACAGUUGGAGUGCAAAACGUACCCUCAUGCUAUGUCUGUACUUAAGAACACCUCUGGGCUCAAAGGCUUUGAUAGUUCAGACCCCCCCGUGUGCAGUAGUAAUUAUAAAACUCAAAUCAGAACAAGCUCUAUUGCUCCCAAAUUGAAGGGCCUUAGUAUUAAGAGCAAAAUCAAACCACAGGAGGAGCCUCUACAAAAAACGACCAAGAGUGAAUGUCCAGCUCCUUUAAACAGCAAUGGUUCCUUAAACCAGUCAUCAAAAUUACAGCCAGCAAAAACCCUGUCCAGCUCUUUAAAGACUUAUACCCAGUCUGGUAUAAGGCAAGUCACACCUGGGUCUGCAGGUGGCUCACUGCUAUCUGUAAAGGUGAGUAAAGAGAAGGACAUCCAUUCAGGCUCCAAAGCACCCAGCCAAACACCCCCCCCUGCCACUCAGAGAACGUUUAUUGAAGUUCGACUGUCUCCCCUAUCUGGUUCCUCAGCACCAGUUGUAGCAGACGGUGAAGCAGUGAACUCAAAAGACUCUAAACGCUCUCCAAGAUGCUUAGAAGCCAGAUCAGCAGCCAUGCCUCCUCCUUCCAGCACCACAGCAGAAAAAAACAGCGUCAUGGUCAGUGACACAGUGUUUGAUUCACUUUGUUCUCCUAAAGAAGCAUUUUCAGUAACAAGUAAUGGAUCAAAACCCGUAGGGGAGUUGAGUGAGAGCUUAAAGUCAUCCAGACUGUCCAUAAAGACGACCGAGAGGCGAAGUCUCUCCACAGAGGCCUCCUUCAAUCCCUUCUCUGUCAGACAUAAGAUAAAGUCCUUUGAAAACCUGGCUAACUUUGACAGGCCGGUGGCUAAAAGCAGUGACAUUCAGUCCUAUGCUCUGGCAUAUAGAGCCUCUCUUAACCAAAGGAUAGCUGGUUAUAUGGGCGUGGUUAAUUCUAUUGACUGCCGGGCACGACAAAGGAGUUUAAGUCCUUUCGUGGAGAACCUAAUACCUACCACACCCUGCUCACCUUUUCUUGGUAAAUCCACAUCUAAUAUUACAUUAAUAAAUAUUGUGCUUCCACAUUCAAGCUGUAACAAAGCCUCCCUGUCAGAGGACAGCCCUGAGGCUCAAGCUCAAGAUGGUACUGCUCCAAACACUCCUCAGGUUCUGCGCAGGAAACACGGGAAGCUCCCCCGCAGCAGGUUACGGCAGCUCAGGGCUCUCAGUAUGCCGGAAUUGGAAAAACUGAGCACUGAGGACUUUACCAGAGACCAUGGUAAAGACGUAGAUACACUUGAACCUGGCAGCUAUUCCAAUAUUCCUAUGAAAGCAACAGCGACCGAGAGCUCUCCACGUUCUGCGAGCCCGACAAAAGCAGAUGUGAGCCGGGUGAGCAGAAGUGAUCUUGAAUCCACUGAAGAGACUCAUCAAGGAAGCACAGAGACACAGGGACAGCAGCCCAGCUGGUCCAUCAGUUUAAAGGAGCUGUCCUCGUCUCCUGAGAGCUGUUGUAAGCUGCAGAGCCUGCUGUCCUCCCUCCCUCUCAGAUCAUACGUGUCGGCCCUGCUGCAGGAGGCUGAGGGCCUCCCAGAGGUUAAUGAUAACACUCACCUGGUGGUCCUGAGUAAAGAGGAAGGCUCGGGGCUUGGUUUCAGUAUUGCUGGUGGAGUGGACCUUGAGCAGAAGGCCAUCACAGUUCAUCGGGUCUUCACUAAAGGCACAGCGAGCCUCGAAGGCACCAUCCGGAGAGGGGACAGCAUUUUAUCCAUUAAUGGAAUCAGUCUGGGGGGAAAGACCCAUGGAGAGACUGUGUCCUGCCUUCAUCAAGCCAGACUGUCCGAGCAAGCCUUAGUAGUCAUUUGGAGAGACGAAGACCAUGAGCCGAGCGUCUCUGACACACCGGAGCAGCCCAACAGGAAGAGCUCCACCAGAAACAGGAGUGUGGGAGCCGGAGCAGUGGUGGACGUGGGUCCAGGCGGCGCUUUAACGGUGGAGCUUCACAAGUCCUCUGCUGGCCUGGGCUUCAGUCUGGAAGGGGGGAAGUCCUCCAGUCAUGGAGACAGGCCUCUUGUGGUCAAACGCGUCUUUAAAGGAGGCGCUGCAGAGCUGUCCGGGGUGAUCCAAGUCGGGGAUGAAGUUGUGUCCAUCAACGACUGCUCUCUGGAGGGCCUCAUGCACCAUGACGCCUGGAAAAUCAUUAAAUCCACUGAAGAAGGGCCCAACCACCUCCUGAUCCGCAAGCCCAGCCCCGGACUAUGAUGAACGAGGAAAAAGAAACCACUGUGAACCAGCCCUCUGAAACACAAGCAGGAAAUAUGAGGACAAGACAUGUCCUGAUGGACUUCCUCUGAGAUGUUGUGUUUUGCCUUGUUGUCGGUGUUUGUGAUAGAAAUAGGUCAAAUUGCUGAAUUAUGAAUUUUUCAGAUGAAGUGCAGGUUGUUUACAAUAGAUUUGCUCUGGAGCACUAAAGAGAACUGUUUUUAAAUAAAGUCUGUUUGUGAAACAA